CGGGGCUGCGGACGGGGCGCGCGGGGGCCCGGGCUGGGCGCGGAGACGAGCGCGGGCUUCCAAAAUGGAACUCUGCUGGCUCCCCCACCCACUCCCCACUGCCCAGCGGCGCCCGGCUCGGGCUGCGUGGGAAAGGGGGGACAGCCAGCGCGCCAGACACACAGACAGAGCCCCCACUCCGAGAACGGUGGCCAAAUUUUUAAAAAGAAAAAAAAAAGAGAAAGAAAACAUAAAAAAAAGAAAGAAAAAAGGGGAAAAAUGCCUCGAUCAGUGGAGAAUCUACGCCAAAACCCACAUGAUCUGUAACGUCAGCAUGCGUAUUUGCAUACGAUACCACCACCCGAGCUGGCACCGCGGCCGGCUCCGGCUCCGGCUCCGCACAAAGUUACAAAAAAAAGAAAUACACAAGUCAGGUGUAGGGGUGUGCACCUAUAAUCUCAACCCUCUGGGAGCUGAGCAGGAGGAUCACACAUAUGAGACCAGCCUGGGCAAACAGUUCCUUCCGUGCAGGCUUGAACAACGCUUCACCCCAAAAGGCGCAAUUGAUCUCCCUUCCCCUCAAGUCUGGGAAGUUCUGUGGUUACUUUGGAUGUGUGGAAGUGACAUUCUGAGACAUGUGAGCCUGAGUACCUCUUCAGGGAUUGGCAGUUUCUGCCUUCUUCCUCCAGGAAUCUGCUGCCAUGCGAUGAGAAGCCUUGACUUCAGAAGAGGUGACAUAAAGAAAGCCGAGAUGCAAGAGGCAGGAGCUCAGGCCCACCGAGGCAGCGACAUCAACCUGCAGCUCUCAGAAGCACCCUGACACCUGGGCUGUGUCAGGUGGUCCUGCUGUCCCGGUCCAGGGGCAGGUCGAGCCAUCUGGCUGUUGAAGCCAUGGCAAUAACCCUGACGAUCCCUAAAUCACCCUUGGGAGUCAAAUGCAGAAGAGCACAAGAGAUAUGUCCACACAUU